CACUGUUAUCGCCUCACAAACCGAACCAAACCAAAACCUCCUGCAUGUUCUUCACGCAACCACUUCUUCUUCACCCCAAAAUCAUCAUCAGCAAAACCUUCAUAUAAUCACACUCACAUAUAUACAUAUACACAUUGUUAAUAAUAAUAAUAAUCAUCAUCCAAGAACACCAAAAAUGAAUGCAAUGCCAAUGACAUUGAAAGUGGUAUCCCCUGUUCCAACAGAUAUAGAUAUUGCUAAUUCCGUACAGCCUCUUCAUAUUUCAGACAUUGCCAAGAAACUUAAUCUUAAUUCUAAUCAUUAUGAUCUUUAUGGUAAAUAUAAGGCUAAGGUUUUGCUACCUGUGAUCGAUGAACUUAAAGGACAAAAAGAUGGGUUCUACGUCGUUGUUGGAGGAAUAACACCAACGCCACUUGGAGAAGGCAAAUCUACCACUACAGUUGGUCUGUGUCAAGCAUUGGGAGCUUAUCUUGAUAAAAAGGUUGUUACCACCCUUAGACAACCAUCACAAGGGCCAACAUUUGGUAUCAAAGGUGGUGCUGCAGGUGGCGGUUAUAGUCAAGUCAUUCCUAUGGACGAGUUUAAUCUACAUUUGACAGGCGACAUCCAUGCCAUAACUGCUGCAAACAACCUUUUAGCUGCCGCCAUUGACACACGAAUGUUUCAUGAAUCAACACAAUCCGACAAUGCUCUUUUUAGUCGAUUGUGUGUACGAGACAAACAAGGUAACAUGCGAUUCAAUGAUGUAAUGUAUAGACGCUUAAAGAAGCUCGGUAUUACUAAAGUCAAACCCGAGGAUUUUAACUUAGAAGAAGUAAAAAGAUUUGCUAGACUUGAUAUUGAUCCUGAAACCAUCACGUGGAGGAGGGUUAUGGAUGUAAAUGACCGUUUCUUGAGGAAAAUCACCGUGGGUCAGGGCCCAGAUGAGAAAGGGAUGAUGAGAGAAACGGGGUUCGAUAUUUCCGUUGCUAGUGAGAUAAUGGCAGUUUUAUCCCUUACAACGUCUCUAGCUGACAUGAGAGAGAGGUUGGGUAGAAUGGUAAUUGGCAACAGUCGAGCUGGUGAUCCUGUUACUGCUGAUGAUAUUGGCGCUGGAGGUGCAUUGAGUGUACUAAUGAAAGAUGCAAUUAACCCAACCCUAAUGCAGACACUUGAAGGCACCCCAGUUUUUGUUCAUGCAGGCCCGUUUGCCAAUAUAGCUCACGGAAACUCGUCUAUUGUGGCUGAUAAAAUUGCAUUGAAGUUGGUGGGCCCAGGUGGAUUUGUUGUCACAGAGGCAGGGUUUGGAUGUGAUAUAGGAAUUGAAAAGUUUAUGAAUAUAAAGUGUCGGUAUAGUGGUUUAAGACCUCAAUGUGCUAUUAUCGUGGCGACUAUCCGGGCUCUCAAGAUGCAUGGUGGUGGACCACCAGUUACUGCCGGGAAGCCGCUUGACUCUGCUUAUGUUACUGAAAAUGUGGCUCUUGUGGAAGCUGGUUGUGCCAACCUUGCUAGACACAUUAAGAAUACAAAGGCUUAUGGUGUAAAUGUUGUGGUGGCGGUGAACCAGUUCUCGACUGAUACAGAUGCAGAAAUAGGAGCUGUUAGGUCUGCUGCAUUAGCUGCUGGUGCAUAUGAUGCUGUUCUCUGUUCUCAUCACGCCCAUGGUGGAAAAGGAGCGAUUGACCUUGGGAUUGCGGUUCAAAAGGCCUGUGAAAGUGCUACUGAGCCGUUUAAGUUCUUGUACCCUUUAGAUGCAAGUAUUGAGGACAAGAUAGAAGCUAUAGCAACGUCAUAUGGUGCAAGUGGUGUCAAGUACUCCGAACAGGCAGGAAAAAAGAUUAAAAUGUAUACCAAGCAGGGCUUCUCGGGACUUCCAAUCUGUAUGGCAAAAACUCAGUACUCCUUUUCAGAUAACCCUGCUGCCAAAGGAGCUCCAUCAGGAUUCAUAUUGCCUAUUAGGGAUGUAAGGGCAAGCAUUGGGGCAGGUUUUAUAUAUCCGUUGGUGGGGACCAUGAGUACGAUGCCAGGGCUUCCUACCAGACCUUGUUUCUAUGACAUUGAUCUUGAUGCUACUACUGGGAAGGUAAAAGGGCUUUCAUGAAACAUUUUUUUGUAUACUUAGUUACAAAAGUUUUUUGUUUCUGUUGAUGUUGUAGUUAGAGUGUUAUAUCAUAUCUGUGAUAGUGAAAUGAUGUCAUGUGAGCCUCAAGCUUUAGCAAAAAAACCCUUCGAUGGCUGAAAUGAUUAAAUAAGAGUUUGCACGAA